GCGAGACCGCUCAAGCCGACCAGCUGAUGAGGGAGGUCAUUUUGUGGAGCGGACAACUGGACGGAUUUUUUAACUGGUAUCUGAGCGGACAACUGACGAUCCUCGAAAGUUCAAAUUCAUCGGUCGCGGCCGAACUUCCACUGAUUGGCAGCGUGAAAUUCUAGCAGUGGAGUAGUGUCACAGUGUUCGUGACAAGUCUGCAUCCUCCUCUUGAGUGCCAACCAAUUCAGGGCUCGAUGAGUCCCAAAGACGUCAAGCGACCCGGAGUGGGCUGUGGGGUAUUUGUCUUGAGUGAAAAGCAUCCGGGCAAGUUCCUGAUAGGCACUAGAAGGAACAGCACUGGACCUGGAUGUCUUCAACUGCCCGGCGGUCAUGUGGAAUUCGGCGAGUCCUGGGAACAAACUGCUCAAAGAGAAGUCCUGGAGGAAGUGGGAGUCCAUCUGAGAGACAUCUCAUUCGUGGAUGUUGUCAACUCCGUACGACUCGACGUCAAUUAUCACUAUGUCACAAUCUUCAUGAAGGGUUUCAUCGACUUCACGAAACCAGAUGCUCAGGUUUGCUCGAGAGAUGUUCAUAGUACAACGCACGGAUGCGAACCCUCAGCCCGGGUUUGGAAGUCUGAGCCUCGCCGGAAACAUCGUGGGUGGAAGUCACUUCGCUCUCGUACCUCUUUUUUCCCAGGUGCGGAACAUGGAGCCGGACUACUGCGACGGAUGGGAUUGGGUCACUAUGGAGGAACUGAAAGAGGACAAAAGACCACUAUUCUACGCUUUGAGAGAUCUCGUGUUUGAGAAUAAAAGCUCACCAUUCACAUGAUGAACGGAAGAAUCGAUGCCU